GAUAUUAUUAAGAGAAGAAAAAGGGAACGGUGGUUUAGGGUUUGGUGUCUGCCAUGGCGAAGUUCAAUGUGGUGCAGAAGCGAAGGAGAGCUCUCAUAGCAGAGAAGAAGAGACAGCUUCACGGAGACCCUUCCACCGCCAAGCUGAAGAUCAGGGAACAGCCCCAUUCCAUAUCUGGAAAACGAAAGCGGAAGCUCUUCAAAAAAUGGCGCCGGGAGCAAAAGGACGCCAUACAGAAUGGUUUGAUAAGCAUGGAAGAUGUUCAAAUGGCAGUUGCUGAAGGGGAUAACAAAGAUAAGCCUAAACCCCCAGUAAUGGUUCGCUUGAAGAAGACUGUGAAAGUUAAAGGGCCCAAGCGCAAAGGGAAGAACAAAGGAAAGUCUGUUGUUCCUGCUGCUGAUAUUUCGGCUGAUGCAAUGAUGGAGUAAAUAUGUCGUUUUAAUGUCCUACAAACUUGGUAGGGGGAGCAUAGAAGAGGCCAAUGUGUGAUAGUAUCAUUUGUAGCCAUAAUUUGUAGCCCUUGAGUGAUUGAUAUGCUCUUCUUAUACUCUCUUUUAUUUAAUGAUCUUUAAAGAUUAAUGGAAAUCGGAUUAGCAAUUUAUGGAAAAGGAAAAUGCUCCUACCCCUGACA